AUGAAGGUCUCAUUCUCUUUGGCUGCGCUGCUGGCAGCAAGCCUGUCGCAGGCCCAAUACCUCAUCAGCGAGCUUAGUUUUGGUCAUGCUGGAAGGAUAAGUCCUGCCGAGGCUCGUGGACAGAUUCCCAACUUCGCCGUCCAGGGCAACCCAAACACUCCCGAGGUUCUCUCCAACCGAAUUAUCCUCACUCCUCUCGCUCCCGGUAACCAGCGCGGUGCCGUUUGGGGCCAGCAACCUCUGCUCCGAACCCAAUGGAUCGCCGACGUCGACUUCCGAGCCAAUGGCCCCGAUCGCGGCCGUGGUAACCUCAACAUCUGGCUUGUUCGCAACGGUCCUGCUACGAUUGGCGCUGGAAGCAUCUACACUGUCGGCAAGUUCGACGGUCUCGCUCUGGUUAUCGACACAUCUGGCGGUUCGAGCGGUAUGGUUCGCGCUUUCUUGAACGACGGCAGCACCGAUUACGCCAGACAGAACAACGUCGAUGAGCUGUCGUUCGGCCACUGCCAAUACAACUACCGCAACCUUGGUCGACCUUCUCAGGUCAAGCUUCGACAGACCGCCAAGUCAUUCCGCGUGGAGUUGGACGGCAAGCUCUGCUUUGAGUCUGAUAAGAUCAGCAUUCCUACCGGUUACCAGUUUGGUGUCACUGCUGCCACUCCUGAUAACCCUGACUCGUUCGAGGUUUUCAAGAUGGUUGUCAUGGCUGACAACAGCGACAGUGGUGCUGUUCGUAACGAUCCUCCCAAGCAGCAGAACCAACAGAACCAACAGAACCACCAGCAGCAGCAGCAACAACAACAACAACAACAAAACCAGAACCAGAACCAGGCCCGUGGUCAACCCGCCCAGGCCAACUCCAACAAGAACGCCAGGAACGAUGGCGAGUACGCAGACGAAGAUCCCGAUAUCUUCCAGACCUCCAAAGCCCAAUUCAUGGACCUUCACAACCGCCUGCAGAACACCAACCACCAGCUCUCAUCUCUACAGCGCACCUCCUCCCGCCACCAGCAGCAGGACGAGAAGCGACACGAUGAUUUGACUUCCUUGAUCGGUCAGCUCCGUGCCGAUAUGCGCAAGCUUGACGAUAUCACCGCUCUCCAGUCCCGUAUUGUGGAGCUUGAGAAGGAUAUCCAGGGUCUCCGAAAGGAGCUCACCCGCAAGCUACAAUCCACUGAGCGCACCUUCAAGAGCACCCUCAACGACCACCACAGCACCCUGUCAGAGGUUGUCAUGUCCAAAACCCCUGGUCACAAGUUCCUCAUCUUCUCCAUCAUUGGCACUCAGUGCCUUCUUGUCGCUGCUUAUAUCGUGUAUAAGAGACGGCGAGCAUCCAUGCCCAAGAAGUACUUGUAA